GGGCGCGCGUCUGGCGUCCGGGUGGCGCUGGCGCUGGAGGCGGCCGCGGGGACGUCCUCGCGUUACCGGUCGCCUCCGUACCCGCGCCAGGCUGGAGCGGGAAUGGCCCGGCGGGCCCGGCGGGGCGCGGGUGGCAGCACGAGCCCACAGUUCCCGCUGCCCAGCUACCAGGUGUCGGUGCCCGAAAACGAGCCAGCGGGGACGACGGUCAUUGAGCUGCAGGCGCAGGACCCGGACGAGGGCGACGCGGGGCGCCUGAGCUAUCAGAUGGAGGCACUGUUCGAUGAGCGCUCCAACGGCUACUUCCUCAUCGACGCCGUCACGGGCGCAGUCAGCACGGCCCGCGCGCUGGACCGCGAGACCAAGGACACGCAUGUGCUCAAGGUGAGCGCCGUGGACCACGGCUCACCGCGGCGCUCGACGGCCACCUACCUUACCGUCACGGUCAGCGAUACCAACGACCACAGUCCUGUCUUUGAGCAGUCCGAGUAUCGCGAGCGCGUGCGGGAAAAUCUCGAGGUAGGCUACGAGGUGCUAACUAUCCGCGCCACCGACGGCGACGCCCCCUCCAACGCCAACAUGCGCUACCGCCUGCUGCAGGGCGCGGGUGGCGUCUUUGAGAUUGACCCGCGCUCGGGCGUUGUGCGCACGCGGGCGCCGGUGGACCGGGAGGAGGCGGCUGAGCACCAGCUGCUGGUGGAAGCUAACGACCAGGGCCGCAACCCGGGCCCGCUCACCGCCACGGCCACGGUUCACAUCACCGUGGAGGAUGAGAACGACAACUACCCGCAGUUCAGCGAGAAGCGCUACGUGGUGCAGGUGCGGGAGGACGUGGCAGUGAACACGCCCGUACUGCGCGUGCAGGCCACCGACCGGGACCAGGGCCAGAACGCCGCCAUCCACUACAGCAUUGUCAGCGGGAACCUCAAAGGGCAGUUCUACCUGCACGCGCUGAGCGGCAGCCUGGACGUCAUCAACCCCCUGGACUUCGAGGCCAUCCGGGAGUACACACUGCGAAUCAAGGCUCAGGACGGGGGCCGCCCACCGCUCAUCAACUCCUCGGGUCUGGUGGCCGUGCAGGUGCUGGAUGUCAACGACAAUGCCCCCAUCUUCGUGAGCAGCCCCUUCCAGGCGUCCGUGCUGGAGAACGUGCCCCUGGGCCACUCCGUGCUUCACAUCCAGGCAGUGGACGCCGAUGCCGGGGAGAAUGCCCGGCUGCACUACCGCCUGGUGGACAUGGUCGGGGCGGGGGCUGGCGAGGGCUUGGAGGAUGCCGGCCAGGGCCAGGCCUUCCCCUUCCAGAUCCACAAUAGCACCGGGUGGAUCACCGUGUGUGCCGAGCUGGACCGGGAGGAGGUGGAGUACUUCAGCUUUGGGGUGGAGGCUGUGGACCACGGCUGGCCUCCCAUGAGCUCCUCAGCGAGCGUGUCCAUCACAGUGCUGGACGUCAAUGACAAUGACCCGGUGUUCACGCAGCCUGUGUACGAGCUGCGCCUCAAUGAGGACGCGGCCGUGGGCAGCAGCGUGCUCACCCUGCAGGCCCGAGACCUGGAUGCCCACAGCGUGAUCACCUACCAGCUCACGGGAGGCAACACACGGAACCGCUUCGCGCUCAGCAGCCAGAGUGGCGGUGGGCUCAUCACGCUGGCCCUGCCGCUGGACUAUAAGCAGGAGCGGCAGUACGUGCUGGCGGUGACCGCGUCCGACGGCACCCGCUCACACACCGCGCAGGUCUUCAUCAACGUCACCGAUGCCAACACCCACCGCCCCGUCUUCCAGAGCUCACACUACACAGUCAGCGUCAGCGAGGACCGGCCCGUGGGCACCUCUAUCGCCACCAUCAGCGCCACCGACGAGGACACGGGGGAGAAUGCCCGGAUCACCUAUGUGCUGGCCGACCCAGUGCCGCAGUUCCGCAUUCACCCCGACAGCGGCACCAUCUUCACCACCACGGAGCUGGACUACGAGGACCAGGCCGCCUACACGCUAGCCAUCACCGCCCGGGACAACGGCAUCCCCCAGAAGUCAGACACCACCUCCCUGGAGAUCCUGAUCCUGGACGCCAAUGACAACGCGCCCCGCUUCCUGCGGGACUUCUACCAGGGCUCCGUCUUCGAAGAUGCACCGCCAUCCACCAGUGUGCUCCAGGUCUCCGCCACGGACCGGGACUCUGGCCCCAACGGCCGUCUGUUAUACACCUUCCAGGGCGGGGACGAUGGCCACGGGGACUUCUACAUUGAGCCCACAUCCGGCGUCAUCCGCACCCAGCGGCGGCUGGACCGGGAGAACGUGGCCGUGUACAGCCUCCGGGCGCUGGCGGUGGACCGCGGCAGCCCCGCGCCGCUGAGCGCCUCGGUGGAUAUCCAGGUGACCGUGCUGGACAUCAACGACAACCCCCCUGUGUUCGAGAGGGAUGAGCUGGAGCUCUUUGUGGAAGAGAACCGCCCGGUGGGGUCAGUGGUGGCCAGGAUCCGAGCCAAUGACCCCGACGAGGGGCCCAACGCCCAGAUCAUGUACCAGAUUGUGGAGGGCAACGUGCCCGAGGUCUUCCAGCUGGACCUGCUCAGCGGCGACCUGCGUGCCCUGGCCGAUCUGGACUUUGAGGUGCGGCGGGAGUAUGUGCUGGUGGUCCAGGCCACAUCAGCGCCACUGGUCAGCCGGGCCACCGUACGGGUGCGCCUGCUGGACCAGAACGACAACCCGCCGGUGCUGCCCGACUUCCAGAUCCUCUUCAACAACUACGUCACCAACAAGUCCAACAGCUUCCCCAGCGGCGUCAUCGGCCGCAUCCCGGCCCACGACCCCGACCUCUCCGACAGCCUCCGCUACAGCUUCCUGCAGGGCAACGAACUGCGGCUGCUACUGCUGGACCCAGCCUCUGGCGAGCUGCAGCUCAGCCGAGACCUGGACAACAACCGGCCGCUCGAAGCGCUCAUGGAGGUGUCCGUGACGGACGGCGUCCACAGCGUCACGGCCCUGUGCACACUGCGCGUCACCAUUAUCACGGACGACAUGCUGACCAACAGCAUCACUGUCCGCCUGGAGAACAUGUCGCAGGAGCGCUUCCUGUCGCCGCUGCUGGGCCUCUUCGUGGAGGGCGUGGCGGCCGUGCUGGCCACCGCCAAGGACGACGUCUUCGUCUUCAACGUCCAGAACGACACGGACGUGAGCGCCAACAUCCUGAACGUGACCUUCUCGGCGCUGCUGCCCGGCGGCGGGCGCGGCCGCUUCUUCCCGUCGGAGGAGCUGCAGGAGCACAUUUACCUGAACCGCACGCUGCUCACGGCCAUCUCGGCCCAGCGCGUGCUGCCCUUCGACGACAACAUCUGCCUGCGCGAGCCCUGCGAGAACUACAUGAAGUGCGUGUCCGUGCUGCGCUUCGACUCCUCCGCGCCCUUCCUCAGCUCCACCACCGUGCUCUUCCGCCCCAUCCACCCCAUCACCGGCCUGCGCUGCCGCUGCCCGCCCGGCUUCACCGGCGACUUCUGCGAGACCGAGAUCGACCUCUGCUACUCCAGCCCCUGCGGCCCCCACGGCCGCUGCCGCGCCCGGGAGGGUGGCUACACCUGCGAGUGCCUGGACGACCACACGGGGGAGCACUGUGAGGUGGACGUGCGCUCCGGCCGCUGCGCCAGUGGGGUGUGCAAGAACGGGGGCACCUGCGUCAACCUGCUCAUCGGCGGCUUCCACUGCGUGUGCCCGCCCGGGGAGUACGAGAAGCCCUUCUGUGAGGUGACCACCCGGAGCUUCCCGCCCCGGUCCUUCGUCACCUUCCGCGGCCUGCGGCAGCGCUUCCACUUCACCAUUGCCCUCACGUUUGCCACCCGAGACCUGAACGCGCUGCUGCUCUACAACGGCCGCUUCAACGAGAAACACGACUUCAUCGCCCUGGAGAUCGUGGAGGGGCAGGUGCAGCUCGUCUUCUCUGCAGGUGAGACCACCACCACGGUGGCGCCACAGGUGCCUGGCGGCGUGAGUGAUGGGCGCUGGCACUCAGUGCAGGUGCACUACUACAACAAGCCUCACAUCGGCCGCCUGGGGCUGCCCCAUGGGCCAUCUGGGGAGAAGGUGGCAGUGGUCACCGUGGAUGACUGCGACAGCACUGUGGCCGUGCGCUUCGGCAACUACGUCGGGAACUACAGCUGUGCCUCCCAGGGCACUCAGAGCGGCUCCAAGAAGUCCCUGGACCUGACGGGCCCCCUUCUCCUGGGGGGCGUCCCCAACCUGCCUGAGGCCUUCCCAGUGCACAACCGGCAGUUCGUGGGCUGCAUGCGGAACCUCUCCAUCGACGGCAAGACCACGGACCUGGCCGGCUUCAUUGCCAACAAUGGCACCAGGGCAGGCUGUACUGCCAAGAGGAACUUCUGUGAGGGUACCUGGUGUCAGAAUGGGGGCACGUGUGUCAGCAGGUGGAGCACAUACCUGUGCUUGUGCCCGCUCCGCUUCGGCGGGAAGAACUGUGAGCAAGCUAUGCCCCACCCCCAGCACUUCAGCGGCGAGAGCUUGGUGUCCUGGGGAGACCUGGCCAUCACCAUCUCAGUGCCCUGGUACCUGGGGCUCAUGUUCCGGACACGGAAGGCAGGCGGUGUGCUGAUGGACGCCUCGGCUGGCCUGUCCUCCAGGCUGCUGCUGCAGAUCCGGGAUCAUUACGUCCAGUUCGAGGUGUCCCACGGCCCCUCCGACACGGCGUCCACAGCGCUGUCCCGGACCCGCGUGACGGACGGGGAGUGGCACCACCUGCUGAUAGAGCUGCAGAGCGCCAAGGAGGGCAAGGACAUCAAGUACCUGGCAGUCCUGACGCUGGACUAUGGCAUGGACCAGAGCACCGUGCAGAUCGGGAACCAGCUCCCCGGGCUGAAGAUGAGGAGCGUUGUAGUGGGGGGCCUGUCUGAGGACAAGGUGACCGUGCACCGAGGCUUCCGGGGCUGCAUGCAGGGAGUGAGGAUGGGGGAGACGUCCACCAACAUCGCCACCCUGAACAUGGACGAUGCCCUCAAGGUCAGGGUGAAGGAGGGCUGCGAGCUGCCCAGCCCCUGCGCCUCCAGCCCCUGCCCUGCCCAUAGCCGCUGCCAAGACGCCUGGGACAGCUACUCCUGCGUCUGCGACAGAGGAUACUUCGGGCGGAGGUGUGUGGACGUGUGUCACCUGAACCCCUGCGAGCAUGUGUCAGCCUGUGUGCACACGCCCAGCUCCCCCCGGGGCUAUGCGUGUGAGUGCGGGCCGGGCCACUACGGACCGUACUGUGAGAACAGAGCCGACCUGCCUUGCCCCCGAGGCUGGUGGGGCAGCCCCGUCUGCGGCCCCUGCGACUGCGCCGUCAGCAAGGGCUUUGACUCCAACUGCAACAAGACCAGCGGGCAGUGCCGGUGCAAGGAGAACCACUACAAGCCCCCUGAGCAGGACGCCUGCCUGCCCUGCGACUGCUUCCCCUACGGCGCCCACAGCCGCGCCUGUGAUGCAGACACCGGGCAAUGCUCCUGCAAGCCGGGCGUCGUCGGGCGCCAGUGCAACCGCUGCGACAACCCCUUCGCGGAGGUCACCACGCUGGGCUGUGAAGUGGUCUACAGUGGCUGUCCCAGGGCAUUCGAGGCUGGCAUCUGGUGGCCACAGACCAAGUUUGGGCAGCCAGCGGCCGUGCCGUGCCCCAAGGGUUCCUCAGGCACGGCAGUGCGGCACUGCAGCGUGGAGAAGGCCUGGCUGCCCCCUGAACUCUUCAACUGCACCUCCGCAGCCUUCUUGGAGCUCAAAGUCAUGAACGAGAAGCUGGGCCGCAACGAGACGCAGCUGGACGGGGCGAGCUCCGUGGGCCUGGCGAAGGCGCUGUGGAACGCCACGCAGCACGCGGGCACCAUGUCCGGCAGCGACCUACGCGCCGCCUACCAGCUGCUGGCCCGUGUCCUGCAGCACGAGAGCGGGCAGCAGGGCUUCGACCUGGCGGCCACGCGGGACGCCAGCUUCCACGAGGAUGUGGUGAGUGCAGGCAGCGCCCUCCUGGCCCCGGCCACCAGGCCCGCCUGGGAGCAGCUGCAGCGCAGUGAAGGCGGCGUGGCCCACCUGCUGCAGCACUUCGAGGCCUAUUUCAGCACCGUGGCGCCCAAUGUCCGUCGGACCUACCUGCGGCCCUUCAUCCUCGUGACGCCCAACAUGAUCCUGGCCGUGGACGUCGUCGACAAGUCCAACUUCACGGGCGCCCAGGUGCCGAGGUUCCAGGACCUUCGCCAGGAGUACCCCCAGGAACUGGGCUCCUCCGUCGUCUUCCCCGCCGACUUCUUCUCACAGGCCGAGAGGCAGAAAGGCCCCACAGCGAGGCCCCCCAGCCGGAAGCCCCCCGAGUGGCCCAGCACCGAGAGGACAAGGAGAGCCCCAGAGGAGCCUGGCCAGUUUGCCAUCGCCCUGGUCAUCAUUUACCGGACUCUGGGGCAGCUGCUGCCUGAGCACUAUGACCCCGACCGCCGCAGCCUCAGGCUGCCCAGCCGGCCAGUCAUCAACACAGCGGUGGUGAGCACAGCCCUGUACAGUGAGGGCCGGGCGCUCCCCAGCCCCCUGGCGCAGCCCAUCUUGGUGGAGUUCCCCCUGCUGGAGACGGAGGAGCGCACCAAGCCCACCUGCGUGUUCUGGAAUCAUUCCAUGCCCAUUGGCGGUGGGAUGGGAGGCUGGUCGGCCAAGGGCUGCGAACUCCUGUCCCGGAACCGGACCCACGUGGCCUGCCACUGCGACCACCUGGCCAGCUUCGCGGUGCUCAUGGACGUGUCCCGGCGCGAGCAUGGCGAGGUCCUGCCUCUGAAGAUCGUCACCUACGCCGCCCUGUGCUUGUCACUGAUGGCCCUGCUGGUGGCCUUCGUCCUGCUGACGCUGGUCCGGACGCUGCGCUCCAACCUGCACAGCGUCCACAAGAACCUUGCCGCUGCCCUCUUCUGCUCCCAGCUGGUCUUCGGGGUUGGGAUCAACCAGACGGAGAACCCGUUCGUGUGCACGGUGGUGGCCAUCAUCCUGCACUACGGGCACAUGAGCUCCUUCGCCUGGACCUUCGUGGAGGGCCUGCACGUCUACCGCAUGCUAACCGAGGCCCGAAACAUCGACACGGGGCCCAUGCGCUUCUACUACGUGGUGGGCUGGGGUGUCCCCGCUGUCAUCGUCGGGCUGGCAGUGGGCCUGGACCCCCAGGGCUACGGGAACCCCGACUUCUGCUGGCUGUCCCUCAGAGACACCCUCAUCUGGAGCUUGGCUGGGCCCAUCGGGGCAGUGAUCAUCGUCGACACAGGCCUCUUUGUGCUGUCCGCCAGGGUGGCCUGCCUGAGGAAGCGCCACUACUAUGAGAGGAAGGGUGUCGUCUCCCUGCUAAGGACCUCCUUCCUGCUGCUGCUGCUGGUCAGCGCCACCUGGCUGCUGGGGCUGCUGGCCGUGAACCAGGACGGGCUGGCCUUCCACUACCUCUUCGCUGUCUUCAGCUGCUUACAGGGCCUCUUCGUGCUCCUCUUCCACUGCGUGCUCAGCAGGGAGGUCCGAAAGCACCUGAGGGGGCUGCUCUCGGGCAAGAAGCCGCACCCAGACGACUCAGCCACCACGCGGGCCACGCUGCUGACGCGCUCCCUUGACUGUAACCACACAUACAGCGAGGAACCGAACAUGUACCGCACGGCCCUGGGAGAGUCCACCGCCUCGCUGGACAGCACCCUGAGGGACGAAAUGGCCCAGAAGCACAGCGCACCCUCGGGGCCAGUGAGGGGCAGUCACGGGGAGCCCUCAGCACCCUUUGCCCACAGGAACACCAAGAAGUCCCAUGGCCGAGACUCCGACUCGGACAGCGAGCUCUCUCUGGACGAGCAGAGCAGUUCCUAUGCCUCUUCCCACUCGUCCGACAGUGAGGACGAAGGUGUGGAGGCUGAGGACCAGUGGGACCCUGCCACGCCCCAGGCCCGUGGCCAAGGCCCUGUCCACAGCACCCCCAAAGUGGACCCUGCAGCCAAUCACAUUGAUGCUGACUGGCCGGACGGGAGUCUGGCUGGAAGUGAUGGGGAGGAGCCGGGCGAGAAGCCCCGCCUGAAGGUGGAGACCAAGGUCAGCGUGGAGAUGCACCCAGAGCGGCCAGCUGGCCCGCUGCCACCUCCACACACAGAGCAGAGGAAAGGCAUCUUGAAAAACAGGGUCACCUACCCUCCCCCACUGACCGAGAAGACCCCAAAGGCCCGACUGCGGGACAAGCUGGCCGACGGGGACCAGAGCUCCUCACCGACGUCCUCGCUGGGCUCCCGUGAUGGGGGUUCUCGUGCCCCCCUGGACUGCGGUGUCACACUCAAAAGCCCGCCGCCCCGGGAGCCGGUGCGGGAGCACCUCAAUGGGGUGGCCAUGCACGUGCGGGCCGGAAGUGCCCAGGCCAACGGUGCCGACUCUGAAGGCAGUAACGAAACUUCAAUUUGAACCAUCAGGAAACCCUGAGGUGAGGCCAUCACUCCGAGUGGGCAGUCCAUGGCCUUCCAGUGAGGCCGGCCCUGGGUGGGGGACCCCCGAAGUGGCAGCCCUGCGGCCUCUGCCAGCCAGGUGCAUGAGCCCAUCGGACCCCGUGACAAGUGCCAAAGGCCACACAGGCGUGAGGGCGACGUCCUCAGGCGGGACAGAGCUGCACCAGGAUGCUGGCCCGCCAGAAAACGCUCAUAGCAGGGGGCCACCUGCCCAGGCCGUCACCUGCCAGGGCUCAGAGGCACAGGACAGGCACAGGAAGGGCAAGGGUCCAUCCGCCUGAGCGGGCACCCAGGCCCACAGUGGCAGCAACCUCCUGCCUGCAUGGCUGCUCCAAGAAGGUGCAGGUGCUUGGAGACCCCGCGGGCUGUUGGGCGGUUUGUACCGAGUGUGGACACAGACACUGUGGACCGGGCGCUUGCCAAAGAGAGAUUGCACAGUCGCCCGUGGGCCGAGAACAGACAGCCGGCCGGUCAGAGACUGGGACAGCCUGGCUGCGACGUCAGGACAUGGCUGACGGACCUCCGCACCGGCUGCCUCCUGCGCUGCGCUAGUGUGCAGCGUGCUCCGCUCCUCCAGCACCGCGGACCUGGGCCUGUGGACUGGUGACCUGCGACUGGUGACCCUCUAGGCAGCUCCAGGAUUGUCACUCCUGAGCCUCGAUGACAAGCUUAGCCAGUUAACUCUCAGGCCCUAUCGGGCCUCCUGGGCCUCCCAGGCUCUCAGGCCCUAUUGGGCCUCCCGGGACCCUGCCCCCUCCCCUCUGCAUGGCCAGCAGAUGGGCACAGCCUUUCUCCCCUGCUCCCCUUCACACGCGCCCACCUGAGGCCCGGGGCCUCCCCAGGCGUCACACUAGUGGCUGCCAACUUCUCAGCUCUGACGUUCCCAGGACCUAGGGUUGGCUGGAGGCCACCCCCCAGCCCCCUCCAUCCCUGGGGCUGACCAAUUACUUCUUUUCGCUUCAAAUGGCCAAUUGUGCCAAGGGACAAAGCCAGAGUCACACUUUUCAUGGGUGACCACACUGUCUUGGAAACCCACACCAACCAAGGACCAGCUGGGACUGUCCUGGGCUCGGCAGGCACCCCAGGGGCUGUGGCACAGGGCCCAGAGCCUUUCAGACAGGGUUUCUCUUGGGUUGCCUUUGUUCCCCGCUACGGUGCCCACCCGCCUGAGCAGAAGCAGCUGCUGACGCCCGUGAAUCGCGGCAGACCAAGUCCGGGCGCGCACACCGUGCGCUGGCGCUGAGGGCAGUGUAUCCCAGUGAGAGCCCGCAGGCUGUGCUCCUGAGCUCAGCUCACGGCAGGAUGAGAUCAGCAUCUGCUCCUCGGCCUCCGGACUUCAUCACAAAUGUGCCUUCAGGGCGUGCGGCCAGGGGAGGACGCUCACCGCCCAGGAGACGUCUGCUCAGUGAAGAGCCGUCUGUGCUUGUCCUUAAACCUGCCCCUCUGGACUGGCUGCACCCUGCCCCGUGAGGUGUGGUUCCUGUUUGACUGGUUGAGAACUGUUACCAAAAAAACCCAAACCAUUGUCUUUUUUUAUUAAGACAGAAUUUAAACCUAUUUUUAUGACUUAAAACUUUAUGAGAGAUUAGACACUGGAGGCUUUUUUUUUAAACAAAUGUAUAUUUAUUAAUGUUCAGAACACUGGAAUUGAGAAGAGUCUACAAUAAAUUAAGAUUUUUGAA